CAACAGCGCUUUCCCGAAUUAAAUAAGGAUAACAGUAACGAAGAAGAAGAAGAAGAUGUUUUUUGGUUUUAAAAACUUCUAAAGUUCUGUGGAAAACUUCAUGCAGAGAAAUGGUCUAGGGAAAUGAGUCUGUCAGAACAGCAAGUUGCAGAUUAUUAUCACAAGAUUUCAGAUAUUUUAAGUAAAAAAAGAGAAACCGCAAAUAACGAACAGAUUUUGUUAUCUUUUUGUGAAAUACAUUUAAAAGAUUUGGAAAUGGCUAGAGCCAAUGAAAUUGCGGCAGAAAAAGCAUUAAACGAUUUAACAAGUAGCGAAUCUUUAACAGUUAAUAAGAAAUUUGUAGAAUUAAAAGAAAGUUAUGAUAAUCUUAAAGAAAAAUAUGAAAACACGUUAAAAGACAAUGAAACUCAAAAAAGGAAUUAUGAGAACCACAUACAAAUGAUUAUAGCAUCAAAUACGAUGAUUUUAGAUGAGAAAGAAACUAUUUACAAGCAGCAGUUAGUAGAAAUUAACAAUAAAAUAAGAUUUUUGCAGAAUUCUAACAGAGAACUGCAUUUGAAAUUAAACAAUUCCAGACAGAAUCAACCUAAAACCUUUAACGUUGUAAAACAAAGUAACGUGUUAAAUUUCCAAAGUAAGCCAAGUAAUAUUCAAAAUAAUUUCGAAUCAAGCAAUUUAAAUUAUUUUGAAGAUUUGGAUUUAGCAAAUCAGGAAACAGAUGAUGUGGAUGAUUUUGCUUUAUUACAUAAUUUUAAAAAAUCCACAAAUACAGCAAACCGUCAAAAAGAUACUGUGAAUAAUAAUAAGUCACAAAAAUGUACUGGCAAUACUCAAAACGCUUCUGACACUGAUUCAACAAUAAUUUUGGGGGAUUUGGUAAAAAAAAAUCCAGUUUCAAAUAAUAGUGCUAUUCAAAGGAAACCUACGAUAUAUGGGGGUUAUAGAAGAAAAAAUAGUUGUAAUGAUUUGCCCCCUUUGGAACCCUGUACAAAUAGCAAUAAUAAUUAUGUUCCCAAGAAAAAAAGAAAGAUUUUCGAUCCCGAUCAAAUGAACUAUUUGGAUUUAUUUAAAGAUUAAAUUAU